AUGCCUCUGGCUAAGGAUCUCCUUAAUUCCUCCCAGAAGAGGAGAAAAGGAAACACAAGAAGAGGUGUCUGCAGUAGAGCGUUGACCCGCGGACCAAUGAAAUGCCCAGGAUGCUAUAAAAUCUUUACUGUCUUAGGCCAUGCACAAAGAGUUGUUUUGUGUGUUAGCUGCUCCACUAUCCUCUGUCAGCCAACAGGAGGAAAAGCAAGGCUGACAGAAGGAGGCUUCUUCAGAAGGAAGCAGCACUAA